UCAGCACUCCACCAAAGCCUCUGCCUCAGCCUUACUGUGAGUCUGGUUGACAGCAGCUUCCAAGAUGUCCCAGCAACACACACUUCCGGUGACCCUCUCCCCUGCCCUCAGUCAGGAGCUCCUCAAGACUGUUCCUCCUCCGGUCAAUACCCAGCAGGAACAAAUGAAACAGCCAACUCCACUGCCUCCCCCAUGCCAGAAGGUGCUUGGCGAGCUCCCAGUGGAGGUCCCAUCAAAGCAAGAGGAAAAGCACAUGACUACUGUAAAGGGACUGCCUGAGCAAGAAUGUGAGCAACAGCAGCAGGAGCCACAGGAGCAGGAGCUGCAGCAACAGCACUGGGAACAGCAUGAGGAACAUCAGAAAGCAGAAAACCCAGAGCAGCAGCUUAAGCAGGAGAAAGCACAAAGGGAUCAGCAGCUAAACGAACAUCUGGAAGAAGAGAAGAAGCUCUUAGACCAGCAACUGAAUCAAGAGCUAGUCAAGAGAGAUGAGCAACUGGGGAUAAAGAAAGAGCAACUCUUGGAGUUCCCAGAGCAGCAGGAGGGGCAGCUGGAGCACCUAGAACAGCAGGAGGGGCAGCUGGAGCUCCCAGAGCAGCAGGAGGGGCAGCUGGAGCACCUAGAACAGCAGGAGGGGCAGCUGGAGCUCCCAGAGCAGCAGGAGGGGCAGCUGGAGCACCUAGAACAGCAGGAGGGGCAGCUGGAGCUCCCUGAGCAGCAGGAGGGGCAGCUGGAGCACCUAAAACAGCAGGAGGGGCAGCUGGAGCUCCCAGAGCAGCAGGAGGGACAGCUGAAGCACCUGGAGCAGCAGGAGGGGCAGCUGAAGCACCUGGAUCAGCAGGAGAAGCAGCCAGAGCUCCCAGAGCAGCAGGUGGAGCAGCUGAAGCACCUGGAGCAGCAGGAGUGGCAGCUGAAGCAUCUGGAGCACCAGAAGGGGGAGCUGCAGGUCCCAGAGGAGCAGGUGGGGCAGCUGAAGUACCUGGAACAGCAGGAGGGGCAGCUGAAGCACCUGGAUCAGCAGGAGAAGCAGCCAGAGCCCAGAGAGCAGGUGGGGCAGCUGAAGCACCUGGAGCAGCAGGAGGGGCAGCUGGAGCACGUGGAGCACCAGGAAGGGCAGCUGGGGCUCCCAGAGCAGCAGGUGGGGCAGCUGAAGCAGCUGGAGGAGCAGGAGGGACAGCCAAAGCACCUGGAGGAGGAAGAGGGGCAGCUGAAGCACCUGGUGCAGCAGGAGGGGCAGCUGGAGCAUCUGGUGCAGCAGGAGAGGCAACUGGAGCAGCAGGAGGGGCAGGUGCAGCACCUGGAGCAGCAGGUGGGGCAGCUGAAGCACCUAGAGGAGCAGGAGGGGCAGCUGAAGCAUCUGGAGCAGCAGCAGGGGCAGCUGGAGGUCUCAGAGCGGCAGGUGGGGCAGCCAAAGCACCUGGAGCAGGAGGGGAAGCAGCUGGAGCUCCCAGAGCAGCAAGAGGGCCAGCUGAAGCACCUGGAGAAGCAGGAGGCACAGCUGGCCCCAGAGCAGCAGGUAGGACAGCCAAAGCACCCGGAGCAACAGGAAAAGCAGCUAGAGCACCCAGAGCAGCAGGAGGGACAACUAAAACAUCUGGAGCAGCGAGGGCAGCUGAAGGACCUGGAGCAGCAGAAGGGGCAGCUGGAGCAGCAGAAGGGGCAGCUGGAGCAGCCUGUGUUUGCCCCAGCUCCAGGCCAGGUCCAAGACAUUCAACCAGUCCUGCCCACAAAGGGAGAAGUAUUGCUUCCUGUAGAGCAGCAGCAGCAGAAGCAGGAGGUGCAGUGGCCACCCAAACAUAAAUAACCACCUGUAGUGUCCAGAGACCCUCAGAUCAUCUCAUACAAGGGAAGAGAGAGCCACUGGCUCCACUUAUUUCGGGUCCCCUAGGUGGCCCAUCUCAUCUGUGAACUUGACUCUGUCCCUCUACAUGUGUCUUUAAUGAGGUGGGGGUGGGAGAGAGAGGGAAUUAUUGCCCAGUGCCACCCCCAGUGAGCCCAAUCCCAACCUCAGGUGAGCAGAGCCUCUACUUGAGGGACUAUUGUUACUAUAGGAAUCCUUACUUCCCCAGUAUUGAAGCUGAAUCAGUGAGUGUGUAAUGAUACAUAAUAAAUCCUGGAAGUCUUGGGA